AUGGACCUAGACACGAUCAUCACCGGCCACUUGACACAGGAACAGCUCGAUGCGUAUCAGCAAAUAUUCAGGAUAGAGGAAGCGUCGCAUUACUUGCGGGUAUCCCAUCAACGGCGGAAACCGAUAUCUGAACUCCUUCCAUCUGCUCAUGUCGGCGCCACCACAGAAUUCAACUACAUGCGAGACCCAUCACCGCCGCCCAAGUACGACAACCAAGGUAACAGAGUAAACACGAGAGACCAGCGGAUACGAGAAUCGUUGGAGAAGGAGAGACACCAAUUGGUUGAAAUGGCAGCAGGGACUAUCAAAAGCUUUACUGCGCCCUCAGACUAUCGAAAGCCUGCCAAGACAUUUGAGAAGUUGUACGUGCCCGUGAAGGAUUACCCCGAUAUCAACUUUGUUGGCUUUUUGAUUGGGCCCAGAGGAAGGACGUUGAACAGGCUUCAAGAAGAGUCGGGUGCUCGACUCCAGAUUCGAGGCAAGGGGUCCGUGAAGGAAGGUAAAUCCACACAGGCGGCCAUCGAAGACAAGGGCUCGACAGGCGGGGUGGAUUCUACCGAGGACGACUUGCAUGUUUUGAUUACUGCGGAUGCUCAGCAUAAGAUUGCCAAGGCAGUGCAGUUGGCGAACGAAGUGAUUGAAAAACUCAUCACAUCUCCAGAGGGACAGAAUGAAUUGAAGAGGGAGCAGUUGAAAGAACUCGCGGUUUUGAACGGUACCUUGAGGGAAACUAAACCAUUUGACCCCGAGGCUUAUCAAAGAAGACAACAGAGGGCUUUUGAUAUUACAAAGAUUGUUUGCAAAAGAUGCGGCAGAGUUGGUCAUUAUGCUAGAGACUGUAACCAGCCGCAAAGUCUAAGUCAGUACGGCGGAAGCUCCCAAGCAGAUAGUUACAAGCCUCCCCCGCGGCUUGGCGAUCAAGCAGCCGAGCCUGCAUGGAAGAAAGCAAGAACAGAGUCUCCGUUGCCCCCGUGGCAGAACCAGAGACCGCCGAGUGCUCAGUAUGGUGCGAGCCCGAGGCAGGACCUUCACAACUUCCACCAAGCAUCACAAGCACAAGGACAAGCACCACCACCAAGACUUUCUCGACAGACCCCUCCGCCUUCAACUUUGCAAGCUCCUGGAGGAAUCCCUACUCGUCCUGCACCUCCUCCCUCGAUGCCAGUGUCGCGUCAUCCAGCUCCGCCACCAUCCUUGCAAAACCACACCAUCACGCCAUCUACACUCAGCAGACCAACACCGCCACCUUCAUCGAGUGUUUACCAAAAGCAGACACCCCCACCACCACCGACGCCGCUGCCCCAGUCCCAGUCCCAGUCCCAUUCUUCUCAAGACAAGCCAAAGCCGCCACCGCCACCGCCAUCUCAUGACAAGUCUAAACCGCCACUUCCUCCUGCACCCGUGGGGAAAACUCAGCCACCUCCACCUCCAAAAAAGCCGCAGCCGCCACCGCCACUGUCUUCUUAA